AUGGAAUUUGGAAUGUUAUUACUUAUUUGUUUUCGAAAUGCAAAACAAAAGGAGAGCUUAAGAUCAUUUUCUUUUACCUGUAUUAUAUAUAUAAAGAUGAAUGGUAUUAAUAGAUUUAUUUUAAGAACAUCUUCUUCAAAUUUGAACAGUAGCAAUAGAUUUGUUAAUAAUGUAACAAGAUUGACUGUUAGUAAUCUACCAUCUACCUCGAUGUUGAUGACCAACAACAACAACAACAACAACAAACGUACAUUUGCAACAAACUAUAAUAACAGUGGUAAUAGUAAUAGCAGUAGUACUAGUUCACAGAUAAAAGUAUUGUUUGACGACGAGAAGUUCUAUCAGGAGGAAAAGUAUCAUGGUAUCUCAAAGGAACCGUUCGCUCGUGAGAUCUCUGAUAUCUUGUUGGCCGAGUUGAACAACCACGACAUCGAGAUCAAACCGGAUGGAAUGCUCUACCUGCCAGAGAUCAAAUACCGUCGUAUCUUGAACCAGGCGUUCGGUCCAGGCGGUUGGGCUCUCAAGCCAAUGGGUCCACCCAUUGUGGAGAACCAAUCACUGAUCCGUCCGUACGCACUCUACUGCCUCGGUCGUUACAUCUCCGAGUCGAUCGGUGAGCAACCGUACUCUGACAGCGGAUUCAUCUCGUUUGCCACCGCGACCGAGGCUGCCAAGUCGAAUGCGUUGGUGCGUUGCUGCAAGGAUCUCGGCAUUGGAUCGUCGCUCUGGGAUCCAAACUUUAUUCGUGCUUGGAAGCAGCAGUUUGCCAUCGAGCGAUUCUACGAGAACGUCAAAACCAAGGAGAAGAAGAAACUCUGGACAACCAAGUCGAAUCCAGCGCCUGGCUAUCCAUGGCGAGAGUUGAACAGUCCGGCAUCGGAAUCUGCACUGCCACCUCAAGAAACCAUUGCCUAUCAAGGUCAAGAAGAUACACAUGUUGAACCAACAACAACAUCAUCAUCAUCAUCAUCAUCAAAUGUUUCAAACAACAAUCAACAACAACAGAAUAAUAGUUAUAAUGAUGAAGAGAUUGAUGUUGAUUCAGUUGUACCACCACAAUUCAAGAAAUACAGUGGAAAGACAUGGAGAGAUGUGAUCAACGAUCCAAAGGGUAUUCAAUACAUUCAAUGGGCAUCACAAACUUUUAGUGGAAAGGUUCAACUCCAAGCUAAGGCUAUCUAUGAUUGGAUCGAACAAAAUUCAAACAAUCAACAACAAUAA